AUGUCGAUUGACUGGAUCUGGAACAAGCAGCGCAGAUAUCACUAUCGGUCUCUCAGCAAAGUUCAAUCCGAAUCGCGACCACUCACUUUGAAGGCUAGCUCGCUGCAUGACAGUCGCCUGCAGUGCAUACUCGCUCACGUUAGUCAUGACUGGAUGCGAGAGCAUGAAUACGAGACCAUAUCUUACUGUUGGGGUGACCGCAUCCGUACUUCAAUCAUCGAAGUUGAUGGCAGGACUCUGCGUAUACCUCCAAGCGCGGAGCAAGCACUGCGUAGGCUGCGCAACCCCUCUUCAGACAGAGUCGUGUGGAUUGCCUCUGUGUGCAUAGACCAAGCUGAUGUCCACGAGCGCAGCCAGCAAGUCAGUUACAUGCAUUUUAUUUACAGACACGGGCGAAGCAACCUGAUAUGGCUGGGAGAGGAUGACGGUACCAUAUCAGAGGCUGCGCAUGCAUUGAAGAUGCUCGUCGAGGAGCUAGAGUCGGACGUCAUUGACCUACAGUCACUAUGCGACACGCUGUACGGUUCUGCAGGCUUUAUCAUGUUCUCGGGCACCGGAUUCGGAACAACCUUUUCGCACGACGCAGUAUUGGGUCUUUACUGUCGGCCAUGGUUUAGCAGAUUGUGGAUUGUGCAGGAGAUCACCCUCGCCCGAUGCAACGUCUGCUUUUGUGGAGAAUAUGAAUUUGAUCUUCUCUACAUCCUGCGAGCCGCGCAGUGGCUAUAUCUUAAGCAACGAUUCCUGUCGCCAGGUCAUCAGAACCCUGCACAACUGAGUGCGGUCAGAACUGCAGUCGUCCUGGCAGGCUACGUGGAUCCAUUGACAGGUUGGUUUGCGUACAAUGAAUCGUGCCACUUCGCAGACCUUCUCACCAGCUUGGAUUCGUUCAAUACUAGGGAGCCUCAAGACCAGGUUUUUGCUUGUCUCGGUAUUUAA